AUGGCAUCCUCUUCUCAGCAUCGCUGCGUUUUUGUUGGGAAUAUACCGUAUGAUGCAACUGAGGAACAGCUUAUUGAAAUCUGCAGAGAGGUUGGACCUGUUGUGUCGUUCAGAUUAGUCAUCGAUCGCGAAACUGGGAAACCCAAAGGUUAUGGAUUCUGUGAAUAUAAGGAUGAAGAGACAGCGCUAAGUGCUCGUCGUAAUCUUCAGGGUUAUGCGAUCAAUGGCCGGCAGUUACGGGUUGAUUUUGCUGAAAAUGACAAAAAUGCUGACAGAAACCGAGAACAGGGUCGUGGGGGUCCUGGACUGGCUGCAAAUAAUGAUCCCUAUAAACAAGCAGGGGGGCCAGCAAUCCUUGGGGAACCCGCUCAGCAUCAGCCAAUUGGUCUCCAUAUAGCUAUUACUGCUUCGACAGUCAUGGCAGGAGCUUUAGGCGGUGCUCAGACUGUCAUGCAUUCAAAUCAAAAUGGUUUACAUAGUCAGUCAGCGCUAGCAAGUGAUCCCCUGACUCUUCAUCUGGCCAAAAUGUCUAGAAAUCAACUGAACGAAAUCAUGUCUGCGCUAAAGGCAAUGGCCACAGAAAACAGGGAAGCAGCUCACCAGCUAUUACUGGCUAAACCACAGCUGUCUAAAGCUCUUUUUCAGGCACAGAUAAUGCUCGGCAUGGUGACUCCACAAGUGUUGCAGCAGCCAAACAUGCGACAAUCAACAGGUCAACCUGCGCCACCUUCAUUACAAGAGUCUCAGCAGGGUCAGCGACCAGCAAUUCCAAAUCUUCCUGGGCUACCACCUACUGCACAGAGGGUGCACUUGGGCCCAGGUCAAUUUUCUGCUGGCCCUCAAAAGCCUAUGGUUCACAACCAAUUUUCUUCAACCCCACAACCUUCUGUUCAGACUCAAACGCAGAUUCCACAACAUGUCAACAGCCACGUUCCUCACCAUGCCACAUUGUUAGGGCAGUCUGCGCCACUUCCUCUAGCACUCCCAUCUGUUAGACCUCAAAUUCAGAUGCCAAACUCUGCACCUCUGAACCAACAAAUGCAACCUUCAUUGCUACAACAUUCAGGACAGGUUGGAAAUACAAAUAUUAGGCACAACCCUCAGGUGGUUCUUCCCAAUAAAGCCAUGCAAUCUUCUCUUUUAUCUCAACCUCCUGCAACAGACUCCUCUCAGGUUCAGCAGUCUGGCCUCCCAGUAUCAUCGGGCAUUUCAGAUGCAGCAAAUGCUGAUAGAUCUGCUCGCAGAAGUAAUGCAUAUUUGAACAUGCAAACAAGCACGGCUCAUGAUUCUAAAGAACCAAUUAAUCACCCUUCAAAGUUGUUAAAAUUAGAUGAUGGAAGGAGCUUGUCUGCAUCAAUGGGAGGUUCUAAUUUGUCUAGUGCCACUGGAUCUGGACAUUCCCAAGCAUCUAUAGUCAGUUCAGUUCGUCCAAAUCCACUUCCCAGGCCAGAAGAGUUGCAGCAUUCUGGGAAACAAGCUUCUCAGCUUCCAUCAGACGUAGAGUCUGCCUUACUGCAGCAAGUGCUGAGCCUUACACCAGAGCAGUUGAGUUCAUUGCCACCAGAUCAGCAACAGCAAGUUCUUCAGCUCCAACAAGCACUUCGGUGA